AUGCUGGUUCUCCUUCUCUUCCCAGCUUUUUCUCUUCUUCAUCUUCUCAUCGCCGUAAGUUGCAAUCAAGUACUGGCUUGGCAUACCAACUACAGUCAGUCUCCAGUCUGCUUCGACCGUCACGAGCACUCGUACCGGACUAGUCGGUCAUUUCGUGGCAUUAGACGUGUGUUAAGUGCAACAAUCUUCUGGGAAUGGAAAAGAGACACUGAAAAAAAAAUAAAUCUUGAAACAAAAAAAAAAGACACUUUUGGUGCAAAAAUAAAAGAAAUUACUUACAGUUUUAUCGAUAGUGAUUGUUGCGGUUAUUUUGAUCCAAAUUUUGUGUUGUUCAGUGGAAUAUCAAGAUAUUCACUUGGUUAG